AUGGCGAACGUUCGUCCAUUUGAACCUUUAAAAUUGUACAUUGCCUCAUCUAAAAAUACUAUAGGGUGUAUUUUAGCCCAAGAUGAUGAAAACGGGCAUGAACAGGCUGUUUAUUACCUUAGUCGAGUUUUAACUGAUAUGGAAACAAGGUAUUCGCCGAUUGAAAAAUUAUGUUUGUCAUUAUAUCAUGCUUGUAUGAAGUUAAAGUGUUAUAUGGUGGCUAAAUCGGUGAAAGUUAUAGCACAAACCGAUGUUAUUAAGUAUAUGCUUAGUUUCCCUGUGCUAACGGGACGUUUGGAGAAAUGGAUGUUAGCAUUAACGGAAUUCGAUUUGCAGUAUGUCCCAGCAAAGGCUUUUAAAGGACAGGUCAUUGCAGAUUUUCUUGUGGAUAAUUCGAAAGAUCUGAAUGACCAGGGGGCAAAUAUAGUUGAUGUAGAGGUCAACUAUUGGAAAUUGUAUUUCGAUGGAUCUAAGCACAAAGAUGGUGCAGGGGUUGGAAUCCUCAUUAUCUCACCAAAGGGUAUCCCGUCGAAAUUCUUGUUCGAAUUAAAGUACCCUUCCUCUAAUAAUGUUGCUGAAUAUGAGAAUGUUUCUUUGGUACACAUCCCUAGAAUUCAUAAUGAAAUUGCCAAUGAGUUGGCUCAAAUCGCUUCGAGAUAUCGAAUUGGUCUGGAAACUAUUAAGAAGUUAUCUAGUAUCCAUCAAAUUUUAGUACCAGCAAAUAAAGGAGAAGUGUUGUGUAUGGAUGAAUGGGAGGAUUUUGAUUGGAGAAAACCUAUUGCUCGAUAUUUGAAAGAUCCCAAUACUGCAGUUGAUAGAAAAAUAAAGUUACAAGUUGAGGCUAUUCCGUUAGUAGGAGUUGGUCAAAGUGAGAUAAUUGACUUUGUCGAGAAAAAUAUUAUCCAUCGAUUUGAAAUUUCUCAGACUUUAAGUACUGACCAAGGAACUAUGUUUACUGGCCAGCGAAUUAAAAAUUUUGCGGCCUCGAGAAAUAUUAAUAUGGUUACUUCGACUCCCUAUUAUGCACAAGCUAAUGGGCAAGUAGAUGUAGCGAAUAAGAUAUUGAUAGGCUUGAUUAAAAAGUAG